AAAGAGCAUAAUCUUGAGAAAAGCUGGGAAUUUAAAGAGCCAAUUCCUGCAUGGCUAAAACGGAUUCAUCAACAUCGCGAAGAUCUUGCCACCACAACUGACACAACUGACUUCGAAUCACUUUCCCAGAUAGCAGAAACCGAGAGUUUACUGUCUAACCUUCCAUCGGAUUGGGAAGUGUUAGAGCCACCAGUUGAAAGAUGCUUGCACUCAAUUGCAACGUUGGAUAAGAAAGGAUUGAAGAAGGUGGCUAAAACCGUAAUGCAUCAUGGUGUUUGUGGUGCUAUAAAGAAGAUUCGAAAGAUUUUGACGACUUCGAACAAAGUCGAAGAUGAAAACCCUUUCCUUGAUUCCCCACCUACUGAAAUCACAACUGCCGAUAAUAUUGUUCAAGGUGGAGAUUAUAAACACCCAGACGUCUGUUACAUCAUUGAACUUCUUCGCUAUACGGAAUUAUUACAUAAACAUGAACUUGCAAAAGAUCUUACCUGGGGGCGAGAAUUUUCACUCUGUGAAAGGUCAGGGUCCAAAAUUGAAGACGGAAGAAAAAUUCUUGAUAAUACACUCAAGGUGCAAAAAACACUGCGAGACAUGCAUCAGACGUUAUUGGAAACCUUGUCUAAUGCAGGUGGUGGGGCUGUAGUCGUUCAAGCUUUCCGGAAACUGAUUCUGCCCGGAUUUAUCUCGUCACGGUUUUUUGUUCGGGUUUUGUUAAAUGUAUACAUUGGUGGUAAAUACCAUGGAUCUAUCAUGCUAGCAGAAUUUGACAUACCCACUCAAUUUGAUGAAAUGGGCAAUAUUGUAGCAAUAGCACAAAUGAUGUUGAAUGUUAAGAAUAUUUUCAAGCAAACCAUAAAAACCUUCAUCUUGAUGAAAGAAGCUUCCGAGAAGAAGAAACACUCUGUAGAAAACGUGUUGGUGUCAUCAAGAGUCAAAGAACAUGUGACUCCUAAAGCUAAGCUAAGAAACGAAAAACUUUUAAAACUAAUGAACGAAAAAAUUAAUAGGACUUUUCUUAUUUUAAGACUUUGA